CCGGGCACGACAAGGCACUGACAGACGAGUCUCUGCGAUACCUUCGCCAGCAGACUGGUAGUGACGAGGAUAUGUAUUAGACGUUGCACGGCAACUGGCGGAGCUUCAUUGUUUGAAGGGCGAUUGGAUGUAUGGAGCGGUUGAGGGAGACAGGGACGCGGCCUGCUGCAGAGGGGAGAAGGAGACGUCACAGGUGGGGCAUUGGUGGGUACAGCACGGGGACGGGGUCCCUCUUCUUCAGAGUCUCGCCAUUCGCUUGACGCACACAUGGACAUGCGCCUCUCCAGCGGAAAGGAAUUGGGUCGUCCAUGAGUGUGUUCAAGUGAAGAGGCGUAACCAGCUUGGUUUCAUCAAGCUGACUCGUUUGGUGGAGAUAUCCACCAACUUGAGAUUGAGUCGUUGUCAGGGGACGGGUUCAGGGUACGUUCUUCCAUGGGAGGAUGCUGAGGAGGAGACUGAGGACGCUAUUCCUCUGCCUCGUGACGAGGGUGUUCAGCUAGCCGACCGAGUCACGGCGGCACAACGUGAGCGGCAGGUCCAGCACGGGCGGAAGGAUCGCCUUUCGAAGGCACCGCCCAAUGUUGAGACUUAUUUUGGUCAUCGCGCCACAGUGCUCAUGUCGACUGAGUUGGAGUCGGUCUACGAUCCCGAGCCUCAUCCUAUGGCUCAGGACUCGAUGGAGGCUGAGUCGUGGUCCGAUCCGGACGACGUGGCCGUGGAGUCAGAGCCUAGAGGUUCUGAUGACGAUGACGACGACACUCCUCCCAUCCGGAUACCACGUCCUCACACACGUGCGUCCACGGCGGCCGCUGCACCGUCUCCCACUGCACGCCCUCCUUCGAGUACUCCUGAGAUCCCGCUGCGAGGCCCGGGGGACCGUGUUGUGGGCACGACGCCACACCCUUCGACCGAUCGUCGUGGACAUGGUGAGCAGGGGACUCGCGAGUGUGUUGAGGAGGGAGACGAUGGCGACGGCGACGAUAGGGAGCGUUACGAGGGCAGCAGUGAGGAUGAGGAUGAUCCCGGCUAUUCCACGACGCGUCGACAUGGUGACGACGAUGACGAGGGCGGCAACGGUACACAGCCUGCGGGUGGUUUGCGAAGGUCCGAGAGACAACGUGGUGACCGAUGCAGUGGUACAGGCAGGGAAGGCAGCGGGCCGGGUGUUGGGGGUGCAGGGCACACAGGCGGUGCAGGCCGUGCUGGCGGAGGAGGAGCGAGGCGAGAGUCUGCAUCAUCCACUCGCACUGUGUACUGGGUUGAUGAGUGGAAACGCAUCCUGUCGGCUGAGGUCACUCCCUCCCCUACCGAAGUCGCUCCCUCCCCUGCAGAGUUUGCGGCGGCGUCUGCGGAGGGCGCAGGCAGGUUUGCAGAUGUUGGUGGCGAGGGUGUACAGGUUGGGAGGUCAUUUGCACAGUUGGGUGCCAGUCUAAGCGACGAUAUUUUUGAUGUUUCGUUAGGGCUUCCCCCGACACCGGCAGGGGAGCGUGUUAGUGGUGAUGCGGACGCAGCAGCUACGCCCCGGAUGCUCGAGACGGGAAUUGCGGCAGGUGAUGUAGAGGUCGAGUAUGGCGGUGCUGGCGGAGGGGAUGCAUGCGAGAGACUUGCGUCACCAGUUCAGGGUGUUUGCGUAUUGCCUCUCGGUGGGGCCAUGUCGGCGGGGGAGUUGGAGCGGCAGGCACGGGAGGACCCAUUGCAGGCAGAUUGUCGUGGACGGAUGGAUGAGGCGUCGAGGAGGUUGAUGGCAAAGGGUCCAGCUUACGUGCCUUGCAGCCCGUCAGUGCCAUCCUCCAUCACAGAUGUCAUCACACCCGCACAUGCGGAGGGUCCAAGCGCGACACGGAGUCCCCCAUCGGCACCUGCUGGGGAGUCUCCAUCUCCUCGGUCACGGAAGAAGAAGAUGAGAGCAGGGAAAAGUCUUAGGACGAGGAGGAGGGUGACGCAAACGAUGCAGGGGAGUCAGCCCGGGUUGGCCGGUUUACAUUCGCGGACUCGGGCGGCUUUGGGCGGGGACGUUGCCGCGGACCUAGUAGGUUGGCAGGAGAGGGUCUCCACCCUCGUGGCGGAGGAGCCCAUGACCGCACCUGCUGAGGCGACGCUGCCACGUACUGGAGGGUGUACAACGGGUAUGGGGGACCAUGGCGAGCACAUUGCCCCCCCUGGGAGGAGCAUGGUUGGACGUAUAUUGCGGGAGGAUGUGAGGGCAGUGCCUGCGCAGCGGCCGUCAAAGACAUCAGUAGUUUGGGAGUCUAGCACAGACGAUUUGGAGAUGCCUCGUGGCCAGCGGAGGAGGGUUUCCGUGUACGACCUUCUUCGAGCACAGGGCGGGGUUGAGGCGGCGCCAUAGAGGGAGAUUCCUGCUCCGGAUAUUGCGCACGCGC